AUGGUUUCCAUGAAAUUCUUGUCCGUCCUUCUCUCAGCUCUGGCAGCUGUUGAUGCCGCGGAGGUCUUGAGUGUCAGCAACAAGAAAGACAUCAUCCCCGACUCCUACAUCGUUGUCUUGAAAGAUGAGGUCCCCGAUUCGGAAGUCAGAGCCCAUGUGUCCUGGGUGCAGACUACUCAAAAAGUCGGAAACAUGAAGCGAAACAACACUGUCUCUGGCUUAAAGUCAACCUUCCACAUUGGCCAGUUCCAAGGAUACCUUGGCUCCUUUGACCAAGAUACUCUUGCCAAAAUUCUCCGUGAUGACAAGGUCAAAUAUGUUGAACCAAACCGGAUCAUGAAGAUCCAGGGAGUCACUGAGCAACGUAAUGCUCCAUGGGGCCUUGGAAGAAUAUCUUCCCAGCAACCGGGAUCUGACACCUACGUCUACGAUGAAUCGGCGGGCAGGGGCAUCAUCAUUUAUGGUGUUGAUAGUGGUAUUGAUGUUAGCCAUCCCGACUUUGAAGGCCGGGCGACCUGGGGCACAAACACCGUGGACAACGAUGACACUGAUGGCAACGGCCAUGGAACGCACACCGCAGGAACCUUUGCCGGUAGCACCUAUGGUGUUGCUAAGCAUGCGACCAUUGUAGGUGUCAAGGUCUUGGAUGCUGGAGGUUCUGGUAGCAACAGUGCUAUUAUUGCAGGUAUUGACUGGUGUGUGAAUCACGCCCGUGAAAACAAUGCUCUCGGCCGUGCUGUCAUGAACUUGAGCUUGGGAGGCGGUUACUCCGAAGCUACCAACAGUGCCGCUGAGCGGGCUGUUGCUGCUGGUAUUUUCCUUGCUGUUGCUGCCGGAAAUGACAACGUAAGUGACGACUCUGUCCUUCCCUUUCGCCCUGCCUGUGCUAAUUACAAAUCGUAUUAUAGCAAGAUGCCAACAACUAUUCUCCCGCUUCUGCGGCCAAUGUCUGCACCGUUGGUGCGACCGAUAGCCAGGAUGUCAGAGCUACCUUUUCCAACUACGGCUCCAGAUGUAAGUAGCGAUCAUUUCUAUAAUGUCUUGAUAAUUUUGACUUGCCAACUAACGCUAUUGAAUCUAGUGGACAUCUUCGCCCCUGGUGUUGACGUUGUUUCUUCUACGGUUGGCGGUGGCUCCGGUCCCAUGUCUGGAACAUCGAUGGCAGCUCCACACAUUGCAGGUCUCGGUGCUUACCUUAUGGCACUUGAGAACAUCCCCGCUGGUCAAGUUUGCGACCGCAUCAAGCAACUCUCUCUCAAUGCCGUCCGCAACGAAGGCCCCGGAUCUACCACUCAGCUCGCCAACAACGGGGCAAGUAACUUGAAAAAAUAA